AUGGCAGCUACAUCAACAGGUUUGCCUUAUCAGCAGGAGCAGCAACUGCAGCAGCAACCAUUAAUCUAUCCGCAAGCUUCAACUUCUUUAUCAUCAUCGAGUGGUCGUGCUUGGCAUAAUUCAGGUUCGGUGGGACCAUUUUUUGCUGUGAUGGCUGUGCUUACAGUUUUGACAGUGUUAUCGUGUUUAGUUAGUCGAUUCUGUGUCAGUAGAACUACGACUCCUCCACCUGAUAUAAGGUGUGGAGGUUGUUUGUGGUGGUUGCGGAGGAAGUGUAGUCGAUGUGUUGUCUCCCAUGGCGAUAUUGAACUUGGAGAGGAGCUGUCUGUUAAGAAAAUCAAUAAUGGAAAACCACCAAAAGGUAUUGAUGAGACCGCUGCCUCUUCCCCUUCGCCUUCAGCCUGA